AUGAGUCACGCUUCCGCAUCGACGUUGGACCACCAAUGGGAUUCUUACGGCAUCCUCAAUGUGCAGCGCGACAGCCGGUGCGUGGGCUGGGCUCCCUCCAUGGGCCGCAAGUGCCGCAACGUUGUCAACUGGCGGGACAUGGAGACUUUCUAUUCCCUCUUGACCGAACUAUCAUCACAGCCCAUGGACCCUAUUGUUCUUCAAACUCGCCUACGGGAGCUAGCAUCGUUGGGACUGUGCAGACAAGUUCACCGCCGCGCGCAAAUCGACCGCAUGGUCGAUACCUGGACG